AUGGCGGCGCCCGGCGAGCGGGGCCGCUUCUAUAGCGGGAACUACUUCUUCUUGCCCGGUGGCGCGCGCUCCGAAGUGAUAGACGACCUGGCUACCGACGCACGGGGCCGGGGAGCGGGGCGGAGAGACGCGGCUGAGAGGUCAGCCCCGACGCCAGCCCAGGCGCCGACCUCCGAGUCUCAGGUCACCGAGGACGUGUCCCGGAGGCGGCCUUGCCGGGCCUGCGUGGACUUCAAGACGUGGAUGCGGACGCAGCAGAAGCAGGACAGCAAAUUUAGGGAGGACUGCCCGCCGGAUCGCGAGGAACUGGGCCGCCACAGCUGGGCUGUCCUCCACACCCUGGCCGCCUACUACCCCGACCUGCCCACCCCAGAACAGCAGCAAGACAUGGCCCAGUUCAUACAUUUAUUUUCCAAGUUUUAUCCCUGUGAGGAGUGUGCUGAAGACCUAAGGAAAAGGCUGUGCAGGAACCAGCCAGACACCCGCACCCGGGCAUGCUUCACGCAGUGGCUGUGCCACCUGCACAAUGAGGUGAACCGCAAGCUGGGCAAGCCUGACUUUGACUGCUCAAAAGUGGAUGAGCGCUGGCGUGACGGCUGGAAGGAUGGCUCCUGUGACUAGAGGCUGGUCAGCCAGAGCCCAUGGGACAGCCAGCCAGUGCCCUUGCAGUAGCCUGGCUGCAUAGGGGCAGGGCACUCAUUAAAGUGCAUCAGGCUCAGAGCCUGUUAUGUCUCAGUUGAGUGGUCCCAGGACACUGCCCGGGGGGCCCUGCCCCUCUCAGGUUUGGAACAGAGAGGCACCCACAGCAGGCACCUGCUGGCCGCCUCUUCAGUAGAGCCCCCAAGGAGCAGCAGCUGAACUGCAGGUGAGCGAGGCCGGAGGAGCCUGGGCUGCUCCUUGCCAUUCAGGAUGUGGCUUCCUGCUCUCCUCAUGCCCUGGUGCCUCACUUCUCACACAGGAAGACUGGGCCUGGCUGGGCGACCCCAUGCCUGUCCCUGGAGCCCAGGCCAUUGCCUACCCACUGUGCAGCCAGGGAUGCCCGCAGGCCCCUGCCCCCCAUGGCUCUGUGCUGCUCACUUCAUGGGCUGAACUCUCCACUGUGCUCAGUCCCUACAGGAAAGCUCGGGUGGGGUUUGUCUGAGGGUCCACCAUCCUGCCCACUCCCUGCCUGGCUCAUGCCUGCCAGCGUUGUGCCAUGCCUGUCCACAGGGGAUUUGUGCUGUCCCCUUCUUCAAAGUUUGAGGUCCAAAUAAAACAUUGAAGUGACUGAG